CGCGCCGACGCCGUCUCUGCGCGCCGUAGUCGGCCUGGGAAAAUGGCUGAGGUAGGACCCAAGUCGGUGCUAUUCGUGUGUCUGGGUAACAUUUGCCGGUCACCUAUUGCAGAAGCAGUUUUCAGAAAACUAGUAACUGAUGCAAAUGUUUCAGAUAACUGGAGGAUAGACAGUGCGGCUACAUCCACCUAUGAAGUGGGGAACCCCCCUGACUAUCGAGGGCAGAGCUGCAUGAGGAAGCAUGGCAUCCCUAUGAAUCACAUUGCCCGGCAGGUUACCAAAGAAGACUUUGCCACAUUUGAUUAUAUACUGUGUAUGGAUCAAAGCAAUCUGAGAGAUUUGAAUAGAAAAAGUAAUCAAGUUAAAAACUGCAAAGCUAAAAUUGAGCUACUUGGAAGCUAUGAUCCACAGAAACAAAUCACUAUUGAAGAUCCCUAUUAUGGCAACGACUCAGACUUCGAGCUGGUGUACCAGCAGUGCCUCAGGUGCUGCCAGGCCUUCCUGGAGAAGUCCUCCUAGCUGAAUCUUUCCUCGGCAGCUGGCAACUCUCCCACUAGUCUUGUGCCCUAAGGAUGGUAGUGUUCCUAAGCCCUGGACCCCAUAUGUCUCUUCAGCUGAUUUAUUGUUUAUCUUAGAAAUAAUUGUAAGUGGGAAUUAGUUGUAUUUGCAGAAGAAUAAAAAUGUUUGAGUCAGUCUGAGGUACAGCAUUCUUAGACAAGUUGAACCUCUCUCUCACUUUCCCAAAUUACAAAAUAGUAAAACUAGCAAAUAUUGAACACAAUAAAGAAGGAAUGGCCUGCAGGCCCAGGCCAGCCUCUGAACCCAGCAAGACCUGGGUAGUGUAGUCUACCUAAAGUGGGGCAUGGCCAGCCCAGACAGUGCCCUCUGCUUGCCUUAUACCUCUCCUGGGCUUUUAACAGUCAGUCAUAGCAGCCCUAUCUAUAGCAGCUAUCAGCUUAACGUUAGAAAAGUUUUAGCUCAGACACUCAGGGUGCACACUUGUAUAUUCAAAAGAAAAGGGAUAUUGGGUGUGGUAGGGCAUGCCUACAAUUCCAGCACUGGGGAAGAUGAGGCAGGAGGAUCAUGAAUUAGUUAUAGGCCACCCUGGGCUAUGUAGUGAGAACCUGUCUCAAAAAUGAAAGAAGGAGCUAAAGAUGUAGAAUUAUUAGUCUUUAGCACCCUUAAUUUCCUCAGCUUACUUGUUCCCAUCUUAUCCAACUUUGCUCUAAAACUGGAAUGACUUCCAAAAAGGACAACUGUGUUUUAUCUGUGGUUAGAAGGACAUGUGUAUUAUGUGCACAUUAACACACAUAAUGUACAUAAGUUGGCUUCCGUAUGAAAAAGUAGUUUAAAAGUUGGAAAAAGUCCCAUUAUGUUAAAGUGCUUAAAUACUGACAACAUUCUUAAGCAUCUUUUCAUCAGCUAAAAAGCUGCAGGCAAGCAUAGGUAAUUUCAGUGCACUUAACAUAGCUGACCUCAAAUUCAUGUGGAUAUAUGUCAGGGAAGAUUGCUUUUUCAAUAAACUGGGUGUUAUAAAUACAA